AACAAAAUAAUCGCAUUUUACCGGCUUACGACAUCGAUAUAUUUCGAUAUAUCGUUUCACUAUUUUAUUCGUAGGUUAGGAAUCUAGUAACGUAGGAAUACUUUGAUGAAAAUGCUUUACAUUGUGUAACCAAAAUAAUCGAGACAAAAAUCAAAAGUAAAAAAAUUGCAAUUAUUAUUAUUGUUAAAAAAAAAAAAGAAGAAGAAGAAGAAGAUGAAAUUAGGACGAAUUAAAUUUGUCUUUGUCGAAUAAAUAUUUGAAUAUCUCAACGAAAAAGAGGUUAGAUUCGUUUAAGGUUAACAAUGGCUGUUGAAUUCUUAGUAAACCGGGUAAAAGCCCUUGUUUUACUUCUCUUCGGUGCAUUUAGACGUGCUAUGUGUUGUUUAAAACGUCGUAGAAGAUCUUCGUGUGAUUCGAUACCACUUUCGGCAGUUGGCGUAAUACCAAAUCCAACAAACAAUGCAAACACGGAAUUAGUAAAAUGGGAUCAUUGGGAGGAAAAUCCAGUUGUUGUUGUACCAGAUAAACCUGUCAACAUUAUCCAAUCUAAGAUAGAACAAUAUAGACAACAGGUGGCCAAGUCUACAGAACCUCCAGAAGAGGAACAACAACCUAACUUCUUUCAGGAUAUGACACCAAAAAUUACAAGACAAACUAAAAUUCUUAUCAAAGAUAAAAAAGCAGAAAACAAUUACGACAAUGCUCGUCAUCUUGCUAAAUUUGCAGUAGCUACCGAUCCAAUACCAACGAAUGAACUCAAAGAAUGGGAAGACAACACUGUUAGUUGGGAAGAAGAAACCAGCGAAGAAUUUGGUGAUCCUACUAGAGCGUUAAGGGAACAAAAACGUAGAGAACGUGAGCAACGUUUAUUUGAACAGCAACAAAAAAGACUUGAACGUAAUGCUAGGCCACAACCAUUAGGAGCAAAAAUAAGCUCUUGAUGUGAAGUCAUAUUUUUAUUCGAAUUAAUAUUAAGUUUAAUGAUAUUUUUUAAAAAGGUAAUGUCUAUGUUCUUUAAAAUACAAUUAAGAAACAAUUCCAUCCGUAUUGGAUAUUUCAUGGGUGUAAUAUUUCUGUUAUAUAUGAGAAAUCGUUUUAAGA